ACCCCUCCUCCCUCCUCCCAUCCGCCGUCGCGUCGCGAACGGCGGCCGAAAAAAGAAAAAGGAAAAAAAAAAAACCAGUGCGCUACACCAAUCUCCCCUUCCCUAUCGAUCGAACCCGCCAGAUUGAUUCCCAAAAAAUUGCCCCGAAAAUUCAGAGGAAGUGCUAAUCCCUCGCCUGCCCGGUCUCGGAGUACUGUUCGGGUGCAGCUCAGGUGCGAAACCCUAGGAAUGGCGGAGGUGUCAACGGCGGCGGCGCCGGAGGGGGUGCUGCACAGGAGGAUAGAGUUCCACCUCGCGCGGAGGCCGCACGCGGCGGUGCCGGUUGGGGGAGGCGGGUUCCGGAUGGAGACGCUGAACCCGGACGCCGCGGGUAAGGCCGGUGCAGCAGCGGUGGGGAGCAGCGAGGGGGAGGCGAGGCGGCCGGAGAAGGGGGAGGCCGGCGGGAUGGAUCAGGAGCUCAGCGUCGCCAGGAUCUACCUCGGGAGAAUUGGUGCUGGUUUGCAAAAUCUUGGGAACACCUGCUACCUCAACUCGGUUCUGCAAUGUUUGACGUACACGGAGCCGUUUGCAGCCUAUUUGCAGAGCGGGAAGCACAAGUCCUCAUGUCGUACUGCUGGAUUCUGUGCAUUAUGUGCUCUUCAGAAUCAUGUCAAGACUGCUCUACAAUCAACUGGAAAAAUAUUGACACCAUCGAAUUUUGUCAAGAACUUACGCUGCAUUUCUCGUAGUUUCCGCAAUUCAAGGCAAGAAGAUGCACACGAGUUAAUGGUUAAUUUGCUCGAAUCCAUGCAUAAAUGCUGUUUACCUUCUGGAGUACCAAGUGAGUCUCCAAGUGCUUAUGAUAAAAGCUUAGUUCACAAAAUAUUUGGUGGCCGCCUUAGAAGUCAGGUAAAAUGCACACGGUGCUUACAUUGUUCCAACAAAUUCGAUCCUUUCUUGGAUCUCAGUCUUGAUAUUGCCAAGGCAACAACUUUGGUGCGGGCAAUUCAAAAUUUUACCGAGGAAGAGCUGCUAGAUGGGGGUGAAAAGCAAUACCAGUGCGAACGUUGCAGGCAGAAAGUUGUAGCGAAGAAGAGGUUUACAAUUGAUAAGGCUCCAAAUGUCUUGACAGUUCAUCUGAAGCGCUUUAGCCCUUUCAAUCCUCGUGAAAAGAUUGACAAAAAGGUUGACUUUCAACCAGUUCUCGACUUGAAGCCAUUUGUUAGUGAUUCCAAAGGUACAGAUUUUAAAUACAGCCUUUAUGGCGUCUUAGUUCAUGCUGGUUGGAACACUCAAUCAGGUCAUUACUAUUGCUUCGUUCGUACAUCCAGUGGGAUGUGGCACAAUCUUGAUGAUAAUCAGGUACGCCAAGUGCGUGAGGCUGAUGUAAUGAGACAGAAGGCUUAUAUGUUAUUUUAUGUACGCGACAGUAUCGGAAACUCAAUGGCGCGCAAAGAUAAUAGCAUUGCUAAUGUGCCAGUGAAUAAAACCUUUGAAAAGGUUUCAUAUCUGAAUGGUACAAUCCAAAGCGGUGUAAAAUCACAAAAAUUGGAUGGCUCAUCUCCUUACAGUGAUAAGAAGACGUUGGAUGGCUGCUCUAACAUUUUCGGUAAGACUUCAGCAGGCCAUUAUUCAAAGAACGAGGUCAAAACUGAAAAUGCUGCAGUCUCUCAAAACAACGGUCUGCCUUCCGCACAAGUUCUUGGACCUCAAAAUGAUGGUGUUAACUUGCCCACUAAAUCAAUGCAACUUGCUGUAAGUGGUCAGAAGGAGAAAUCUUCCUUACAUCAACCUGCAUCGCUUAUCAAUACUAAUGGUAAACAGACAGUUACUGAGAGGUCUUUGCAGCAACCCAAGGCUGAUUUGGGGAAAAAUACUUCUGCUGCCUCUGCGAUGGUAAAUGGUGCUGCUGUGUUGUCCAAGGCAGACAAACAAACUUCUCAACCUCAAACAACUCCAUUUUCCAAGCCAACUGCCCAUGUAAAUGACAUAUCCACAGGGUUUACUGCACGGACUUCAUCAAAGAAGGAUGCUAUUGUUUCAAAUGGUGUCAUGCCUAGCAGUGGAUGUCUAACUACCAGUGAGAAAGUGAAGGCCUUGCCAGAAUCUCUGGAGCAAGCUAAGGAAACCACGAAGGCACUUCCUAUGAGCCAGAAUAGCAUUGCACCAGGACCUACACAAGUCGAUUGUGGAAAACAGAUCUGCUCUGAAGGUUCUGGGCAAGUUGUUGUGGCCGAUUCUUGCAAUGGCAGUAUAGUUAAAAAGGUGAAUUUGAAGUCAAAGAAGUUUGUGAGGUAUCAUGUUGUGAACAUGUGGUUAGGGUCCAGACAGCUGUUGGUGGCUUCACCAAAGCUUCGGAAGAAAACAAAACACAAGAGAACUAGAAGACAACCUGUAUGUAAGGACAUAGCAAAUAUAGCUUGUUUUUUAGGUGAUAGCACCAAUGAGCAGUUGACAUCAACAUCUGCAACUGCGCCAUCUGAAGUUGCAGAAUGUAUCUCCGGUCGGCGGAAGCGUGCCUAUGCUAGCACAAGUCCCGAAGAUGAUACUCAGUCAUCCAAAAGCAGGCGGAAUAAGGUUGUUAUAACCUGUGUUGAUGCUGGUACAAGUACAACUUCUGCUUGCGCUGACCUUCCAAAGUUAGGUCCAAGCUCUUCUGCAGGUCAGACACAAUCAAGGAAAAUUGUAGAUAAGCAGUUGGGAGUCUCCGUACCCGUCAGUAUUUGUGCGACAGACUUGGUGGAAGCUACUGUUCCAUGCUGGGAUGAUAUUGACAUGCCAAAUACCAAAGUUGCAGAGUCGCAACAUUCAAAACGCAAGAGCAUUGGUUACAUCUUAGAUGAGUGGGACGAGGAGUAUGACCGAGGAAAGACAAAGAAAGUCCGAAAAUCAAAGGAAUAUUUCGAUGGGCCAAACCCCUUCCAGGAGGAAGCAAACUAUUUAUCGCAGCGGAGGAUGAAACAAAAAUCUUACCAAGGCGAAUCUUGGAAUAAGCCUAACAGGAUAGAUGAGUUGAAAAUAUGAAAGACACCCCCAAGAAGCAAAAAAUGUUGUUGUAUCACCCUAUUUAUGAAGAAAUCAUUCAGUCUUUUUUGUCAGUGUUGUUGUUGUUGUUUUAGCAGCUUUGACAGACAUUCAAAUAUGUAUUCAGUUGCAACGGAUUCCGAAUCGCAAUGGUUUUGGCCAUAUUAUUUUUUGUUCCUUGAAUAAUAAUAAUAUGAUGAUGAUC